AAAAAGAAAAUUUGUUUAAAAAGUUUACAAAAACUAAAACUUAAAAAUAAAGAACUUGCUAAAGAAUAUGAUGUGUCAAAAGGAAUGAUAUGUGAUAUUUUAAAAGAGAAGAAAAAAUGGUUAGAAUUAAAAUCAGAAUCUUAUGAAGCUUUACUUAAAAGACAAAUUAAACUUGAAUGUUACCUAAAAUAUAAAGAAUCAGCAAAUGCUCCUUUAGAAACUUUGAAUGAUAUGCGUAAAAAUCUUCAAAGUAUUCUUACAGAUUAUUCACUAGAUGAUAUUUUUAAUACAGAUAAAAUUGGACUUUACUGA